AUGGAUCAGCAGCACGGACAGAAUGGCCCUUCUGGCCCUGGCGGUCGUCGCUUUCACAUUGCACACAGACGCAGCCCUUCUGAGCUCACCCCUCUAAUGAUGGAGCAACUCGCUCUUGCCCAGCAGAUCGAACUCCUUCAGCAACAACAGCAGCAAAUCGCCGCAACCCACCAACAGUAUGUCAGCAUGGGCAUGAUCCAACCCCAGCAACAACUGCCCAACCAAGCAUUCGCUCAAAUGCAAGGCCAGAUGGCCAACAACAACGCCUUUCAAUUCCCGCAGCAACAACAACAGCAGCAGCAGCAGCAGCAUCUGCAGCUGCCCGGUUCCAUGGGCCCACCCGCAGGUCACCGCCGCAACCAGUCCGCCAUGCCCAACAUGACCAUGGGUCCCCCACCCGCCCCAUCAGCUGGUUCUGGUACAUUUGGCGAGUUCAGUUUCCCUGGCGCAAAGUCCGAGAACGUCAACCCCAGACCUCGCAAUAGUGGUUCCAUUAGUGGUGGCAGUGGCCACAGCAGAAGACAUUCGCUCGCUCUGCCUGAAGCGAAGAAGGCUGCCGAGAUUGCUGAGCAGAAACGCAAGCAGUCAGGCUUCCAAUUCCCUAUCCCCGGUGCUGCUGGUGCUGCGCCUGAUCGCUCCGUGAGCCCCGGCAAUGGCAACAAUGACAUGCCACCCCCUGCUAACAACUUCUCUGCUCGUAACGCCAGCCGUGGUGGCCAUGGUCGUAGCCAGAGUCUUGCUGUUGGUAACCAGAGAACCCAACGCGGUGGUCCCGCUUUUCAGUUCCCUCCUCCCAACGAGAUUAACAAUGCUCCUGAACGUCGUGGCAGCCAGGGUCAUGGAAGAACCCAGUCGCGUAAUUUCGACGGCAAUUGGCGUCAGCAGCAGCCCACUAUCCAGGAACAGCAUGCUACCAACAUGGGUAACUUCCAGAUGAACCAACAUGCUGGAGCUCAGCCCUUCCAGCCGGGCCAUCGCCAGCGUGGUUCUGUCAGCAACCAGUCAAUCAGUUCUAUCAGCAACUUCCAGUUCCCCCAACAACCUCAGCUUGUUCAACUUCCUCAAGGCCAAGUCCUCAUGCAGCCGAACAUGUUUGCUGGUCAAGGCUUGAACGCUCUCCAGCUCGCUCAAAUCCAGGCUUACCAGGCCGCUGGACUUCAGGCUCCCAUUGCAGGCCUUCAAGGACAACAGGGUGGUCAACAGAUGACCAUGCAGCAGCAACAGCAGCAGCGCAAGACCCUCUUCACUCCAUACCUUCCUCAGGCCACCCUCCCCGCUCUUCUUGGCGAUGGACAACUCGUUGCAGGUAUCCUCCGCGUCAACAAGAAGAACAGAAGUGAUGCCUACGUCACUACCAACGAUCUUGAUGCUGAUAUCUUCAUCUGUGGUAGCAAGGACCGCAAUCGCGCCUUGGAGGGUGAUCUCGUCGCCGUUGAGCUUCUUGAUGUUGACGAAGUCUGGGGCCAAAAGCGCGAAAAGGAAGAGAAGAAGAAGCGCAAGGACAUGACUGAUAGCCGCGGUACGUCUAUGACUGCUGUCAACGACGCCACUACUCAGCCUGAGUCCUCCGCUGCUGAGGGAGGUAUCCGAAGACGUGGUAGCUUGAAGCAACGUCCUACCCAGAAGAAGAACGAUGAUGUCGAGGUUGAAGGUCAGAGUCUGCUUCUUAUGGAAGAGGACGAGAUCAACGACGAGCAGAAGCCUCUGUACGCCGGUCAUAUCGUGGCUGUCGUCGAGCGCGUUGCUGGCCAGAUGUUCUCCGGUACUCUCGGUCUCCUUCGGCCCAGCAGUCAAGCCACCAAGGAGAGACAGGAGGCUGAGCGCCAAGGUCGCGAUGGUGGAAACCACCGCAACCAGCCUGACAGACAGCAGGACAGACCCAAGAUCGUUUGGUUCAAGCCUACCGACAAGCGUGUGCCCCUGAUCGCUAUCCCAACCGAACAGGCACCUAAAGACUUCGUCGAGAAGCACCAGGACUACGCCAACAAGAUCUUCGUUGCAUGCAUCAAGCGCUGGCCUAUCACGUCUCUCCACCCCUUCGGUACACUCGUUGAGCAGCUUGGCGACGCCGGUGAUCUUAAGGUGGAGACCGACGCUCUUUUGCGUGACAACAACUUCGGUCCUGACGACUUCUCGGAUGCUGUCCUCAAAAACGUCGGCUACGAAGAUUGGUCUGUAGCCAAGGAUGGCGAGGCCGCCCUGGAAUCUCGCCGUGACUUCCGCAGCGAGCAAACCUUCACCAUUGACCCCAACGGUAGCGAGGAGCUCGACGAUGCAAUCCACUUCAAGACCCUUAGCGAUGGCCAUGUUGAGAUUGGUGUUCACGUUGCCGAUGUCUCUCACUUUGUCAAGCCUUCAUCUAUGGUCGAUCGCGAGGCCAAGAAGCGCGGUAGCGGCGUCUAUCUGAUGAACCGUACCGUCAAGAUGCUUCCUCCCAAAAUCAGCUCUGAGAUUUGCUCUUUGAGUCCUGGUGAGGAGAGAUACACCGUCAGUGUCGUCUUCAAGAUCAACCCUGACACAGGCCGCGUCCUUGAUGAGGACACCUGGAUCGGCAAGGCCAUCAUCAAGAGCACUGGAAAGGUCUCUUACGAUCAAGUCGACAGUAUCGUCACCGGACAAGGUAACUCAGGUCUCGACGACGAACGUGCCAACCAGAUCCAAAUGCUUCACAGCAUCUCCCAGAAGCUUCGUCAAGCCAGAUUUGGCGACGGUACUACCAACAACCAACCUCUCCGCCUGAUUUACCAGCUUGAUGACGAGAACGUGCCCGUUGAGCACAACAUCUUUGACUCCUCGCCCGCUCAUGAACUGAUCGAGGAGCUGAGCCACAAGACCAACUCAUUUGUCGCUCAGAAGAUCUUUGCUGGUUUGCCCGAGAAGGCUCUUCUGCGUAAACAGGCUCCUCCCAACCCUCGUCGUUUGGUGACCCUGAGCGAGCGCAUGGCUAACAUCGGAGUCGAUGUUGACACCUCGAGCAGUGGCGCCCUACAGAACAGUCUCUUCCAGAUCGAAGAUGCCGACGUCCGUAAGGGUGUUGAGACUCUUCUGAUCAAGGCCAUGCGUCGCGCGAAGUACUUUAUCCCAUCGAAGUCACCCGCUGACCAAUACCCUCACUACGCGCUCAACCUGCCUUUGUAUACCCACUUCACGAACCCUUCGCGUCGUUAUGCAGACAUUAUUGUCCAUCGACAGCUCGAGCACGUACUCACCAACGGUGCCGUGGAGUUCACCGAGGACGUGGAGGCUCUGGCAAAGACUGCCGAGACUGCAAACACCAAGAAAGACUCGGCUCAUGCUGCACAAGAACAAAGUGUGCACAUCGAGUCUUGCCGCGCACUUGACAGAAAGAGUCAGGAACUUGGUGGCGACCUCAUCAGUGAGGGCAUCGUCCUUUGCGUUUACGAGUCAGCCUUUGAUGUGUUGAUUCCAGAGUACGGCUUUGAGAAGCGUGUACAUUGCGACCAGCUUCCUCUCAAGAAGGCCGAGUUCGACAAGAACAAGCGCCUGCUUGAGUUGUACUGGGAGAAGGGCGUCCCAUCCUCUGCGUUUGUUCCUGAGGACGAGAAGCCUAAGGCUAGCAGAGCUAACAACUGGACUGCCACGACUGCUGCUCGUGACUCUGCUGCAUCGCGUGCCAAGGAGGAAGAGGCACAGCGCAAGCAAAUGGAGACCGCAACCAUGUCUACCGAUGACGCCGACGCCCUCUUCGAGGACGAUGAUGACGCUGUGUCCGAGAUCACAGAGCACACUGCUGGUGUCUCUCUCAACACAGACCGUAACACCCAGAGCAUGCCUCCCUCGCCUACACGUAACGGCAUCUCUUCUCAACAAGGUCCUCAACGCACCAAGUCGGACUCCAAGAUCCUUCACACCACUCCCGAGGCCAAGCUCAGCAACAAGGAUAAGUACCUGAAGCUGUUCAGCCUCCGCGAGUCGGAUGGAAACUACAUCCAGGAUGUCAGGGAGAUGUCCAGAGUGCCGGUCAUCCUUAAGACGGACAUGACCAAGAGUCCACCUUGCUUGACCAUCAGAUCGCUAAACCCCUACGCCUUGUAA